UAUCGCAACGACAGUUUGACAACAUUUAAAUCUCGUCAUUCAGAAACGGCCAAAAACCUCUCUCACGGUGGUCUGUGAUUUUAUCUCUCAAAAUUUAACAACUGCGUAAACAGGCAAUGUUAAGACGAAUAUUGCUUCAUGCAAGGGUCCUACCAGCACCUCCGCCCGUGGGAAUGACGCCGGUGGAGGUUUAAUCAGCUGAUUGUGAGCAAACAAAUGAACCAAAAUAACGCGGUUUUCUCUGUUAAAAAGUCGUUUAACUUCGACCGACAGUUGAGGAUAUUCAAGUCGGACACUUGUUGACAUGCUUUAUUUGGACCGUCAUCAUGGACAAGAUUUUGGAGGGCCUCGUGAGCUCCGAUCACUCUGUACCGCUGAAGAGGGCCAUUGUGAAGAAGGUAGUGGAAGCAGCAGAGAAAGAAGUUACAGAGGAGCAGUGUCAAGCACUCUUUACUCUCACCACUCGCCUCAUCUUGCUUGGUGAAGAUGCCUUCCAGAAGCAGAUUGGCUUCCAGGUUUUGGAAGCCUAUGCACGCUACCACCGCCCGGAGUUUGAGCGUUUCUUCAGUAAAGACUUUGUCCUCAGUCUUCUCCAGCAGGGCUACGGCCAGCUGGACCGCAAAGACCCAGCCAUAAUAGACUACAUUCACUGCUGCCUGCGGCUGCUCAUCAGCUGCCCCUCAGUGCUGGAGAUUUUCAGCAUAAUCCAGGUGGAGGUUUUAAGGAUGGUGUGUGAACGUCCGGAGCCUGCUGUUUGUGCCCGGCUGAGCACUUUGCUGUCUGACUUUGUGCAGUGCAUUCCAAGGGAUAAGUCAGGCGUUUUGUUCUGUCAGCAGCUAGUGAGGACCAUCAGUUACUUCCACUGCUUUUCCAGCCAAGAGCCGGAGCUCAGAGAGUAUGUCGAUCAGGUGACUAAGGUUAGCACAUUGCUGCAGAACAUCUGGAAGGCUGACCCCGCCACACUGCUUCCCUCAUUGCAGGAAGUCUUUGCCAUUAUCUCUUCCACAGACCCCUCCUUUGACCCAUCCAUCGCCCUUGCCAGCCUGGUCCAGCACAUCCCCGUCCAGAUGAUCACAGUGCUUAUCAAGAGCCUCACCACGGACCAGAAUGUCAAAGAUGCAAGCAUGACUAAAGCCCUCUGCAGGAUGAUUGACUGGCUUUCUUGGCCUCUGGCCCAACAUGUAGACACCUGGGUCAUCGCUCUACUGAAAGGACUUGCUGCAGUUCAGAAGUUCACUAUCCUUAUUGAUGUCACCCUCCUCAAGAUUGAACUGGUAUUCAGCCGUCUGUGGUACCCCCUGGUGCGGCAGGGGGCGCUGGCUGUGCUCUCUCACAUGCUGCUGAGUUUCCAGCAUUCUCCCGAGGCCUUCCAUUUGGUUGUUCCUCAUGUGGUGCAGCUAGUCCAGUCUUUAAGGACAGAUGGUCUCCUCACCAGUAAAGCUUUCUUGCUGCAGUUCACUGAGCUCAUACACUGCAUGAUGUACCAGUACUCCGGCUUCCCAGAUCUCUAUGACCACAUAUUAGAGGCCAUCAAGGAUCUCCCAAAACCUGGAGAGGAAAAGAUAAAACUUGUGUUGAAUCAAAGUGCCUGGACAUCUCAAACCAACUCAUUUGCAUCUGGUCUCCUGAGGCAAGUUGGGAAGUCUGAGACAGGCAAGACAGGCCUGGUCAACCUGGGGAACACCUGCUACAUGAACAGCAUCAUCCAGACUCUCUUCAUGGCCACAGAUUUCAGGAGGCAUGUUUUAUCAUUACAUCUGAACGGUUCCAACACAUUAAUGAAAAAGCUUCAGCUGCUCUUUGCUUUCCUUGCGCACACUCAGAGGGCAGCAUAUGCCCCCAAAAACUUCUUGGAAGCAUCUCGGCCUCCCUGGUUCAAUGUGGGCUCUCAGCAGGACUGUUCUGAGUACCUCAGGUUUCUUCUAGACAGGUUACAUGAAGAGGAGAGAACACUUCAGGUCCUGGAAUCAGCUAAGCCAAAGGUCGCCUCCCCUGUUGACACAAGCAGCAAAGACCCAACAGGUCUGAUUUCUUCAGAGGAAGGCGAAGAGUCAUCUUUGACUCCUGCAGAAACCAAACCUGAGAAUGAUGGGAAGACUUUGAUAGAAAGGAUGUUUGGUGGGAAGCUGAUUACAGGUAUUCGCUGCAUGCAGUGCUUCUGCAUCUCAGAGAAAGAGGAGCCUUUUACAGACCUCUCUUUGGCCUUCUGUCCUUCUGCCACCUCUCAGGACGGCCCUCAGGCUGAGGGGCCCUCACAGGAGCCCAAGGUUCUCUGUCAGGGAUCUGUCAAUGGUGGCAGUGAAAUUCCCGAAUCAGGCUCAGCGAAAGCCCCAGCUAGCAGUGUCCAUUUUGUGCCAGUGACAAAUGAGCCUCCUCUCUCUGUGCCUGACCUGGUGAACUAUUUCCUGGCUCCAGAGAUCCUGGACGAAGACAAUGCGUAUUUCUGUGAGAAGUGUAGCUCCCUUCAGCGGGCAGAGAAGACCAUGAAAGUGGUGUCAGCACCCGAAUACUUGAUCCUCACCCUGCUGCGAUUCUCGUACGAUGCCAAAUGCCAUGUGCGGAGGAAGAUUCUGGACAAUGUGACCAUCCCACCACUCAUGAGACUUCCAGUACACGCCCUUUCAAUGCCUACACAGUGUUCCUCUAAUACCUCUUCCCCUCUGCAAGUGGAUUCUCCUGAGAGCAGUGAGAAUCUGGCCAAGAAACUCAAACCAUCUCAAAAAGAUGAGGAGGAAGAGGAGAAGGAGAGGAUAGAUGGUACAGAGCAGAUAAACAGUGGAGGAGAAAUGCCAGUCAUGUCAGUGCCCUAUGUACUGAGCUCAGUGGUAAUGCAUUCUGGUAUAUCAUCCGAGAGCGGCCACUACUACUCGUAUGGUCAUAACAUCAACGGAGCAGAUGGAGCACAGCAUCCAGCCAAUCACUUCGCCCUCAAGGAAGAUUUGGGGAACGACCAGGCCGAGUGCAACCUCGCCACUUGCUCAGCUCUCUCAAUUCCACCUGCCGAAGGAGACCCGCUCCCUAAUAGUGGCCAGGAAGCAAGGGAUUGGCUGCUGUUCAAUGACAGCAGAGUGACAUUCACAUCCUUCCAGUCAGUGCAAAACAUUACCAAUCGCUUCCCCAAGGACACGGCUUAUGUGCUUAUGUACAGAAAACAGGAGCUAGUAGGGCAGAACAUAAAUGGGGGACUGAUGGCAAAUGGAAUGAGAUUGUGUGCUGAGCCUCCCCUGCAGAAAGAACUGCUGGAUGCCAUUAUCAAGGACAACAAACUGUAUUUACAGGAACAGGAGCUCAACGCUCGGACCCAGGCUCUCCAGGCCCCUUCAUCUUCCUGCUCAUUCAGGCCCAACGGUUCAGAUGACAAUAACCCACCAGGGAGCUGCGGUCCAUCUGGUGGAGGGGGAGGGGGAGGGGGCUUCAACACCAUUAGCAGACUGGUAUUCUGAAAGAGAGGAAAAAAAGAAAAAAGAAAUGCAGCAGGAAACCUGUGUGGACUCCUGGACUGCUUCGUACAAGAGCCUGAACUGUCACACUAUAGAUGUGCAUAUAACCUCAUAAAAAAAACACUGAAAUAAUCUAAGAACAUGAACACACACACACACACACGCAUUCAUACAGACAUACACCCAAACACAUUCACAUACACACAUAGGCUAUCUGUGCUGGCUCUAAUCCUAGAUUUGAUUUUGACUAAAAUAGUUUUUAUACCACUGUUCCAGUCAUCAUUUAACAUGUUUUUAUUUAUUCUGGUUAUUUUUUUGUGAUCUUAGUAUUCUAACCCUCCAUUAAUCCCCCAGAUUUUAAGACAGUCAUUGGUGCAAGUGUGUUCUCCCCCUUAAAGAAAUAUGGCGAAAUAUAAUUUGACAUUAUUGAUGUAACUUCAGUAACCAUCAUUCUCCAAAUAAGCAUUUACAUUUUACGAUGAUAAAAACAUAAAUUUGGUUCAGUCUAUAACGUGCGCAUAUCAUCUGGUUUGUCUUGAGUUUUUAUAAUAUUACCUCACACACAAACAUAUGCAAACACAUGCAUGUGCAUUGCACAAUACAGAAAGCAUUCAACUGUAAGAUAAACUUUUUUUUUUUUUUUUGAUCUGUCAUAGUUCUGAACACACAGCUCACAAACUUUGUUUACUUUUCUGAUGUGCAUGCAGCUUUUCUUCAUGAGCUGUGCUGUUUGAUUUUCAAGAUAUUUGAAUCUUUUUGGUGUGUGCUGUGGUGUUUUAUAGGUUUCAUAUCCCAUGCAAUAAAUGUAAAUAUGACUUAAAUAUCAUUUCUGAAUAAUUGUGGAAUACAAAAUAUAUAUGGAAAGUGAAAACUAUAUAUGGAAAAUUUCCAAGAUAAAGGCAUUUUCAGUAAGAAUAUUUAAAGCUGUUCUCACACUGUUAGCUUGUGUGAUUUACAGAGGAUUUAAUUGCAAACUACUUGUUUAAACAUAUUUGACAACAGGUAUUCCUCUGAUUUGAUCAUUCAGGGAGACUUUUGUGUUCAUGCUGAUUUUAUGUGCCUUUUGAUAUUUAAUGCAGACUUUUGAAGAUGAAUUUGUCUGAAUUUACACCUCAGCUGUACUGUGUUAAUAUUCAUAAUGGCUUCACCUUUCCCUCCAGUAAAAACAAAUCCAUA